UUCUUUUAUAGACUAUUGUUGAUGAUUGGAUAGAAAAGUAUAAAAGUAAUAGAGAAAAUGCUCUCCUUAUGUUAAUGCAAUUUUUUAUUAAUGCAAGUGGAUGUAAAGGACGUAUCACAUCUGAAAUGCAAACAACAAUGGAACAUGUAGCAAUAAUUCGUAAAAUGACUGAAGAAUUUGAUGAAGAAAGUGGAGAAUAUCCAUUGAUAAUGACUGGCCAACAGUGGAAAAAAUUUCGUGCAAAUUUCUGUGAAUUUGUUCAAAUUUUAGUUCGACAAUGUCAAUAUUCAAUCAUUUAUGAUCAAUUUUUGAUGGAUAAUGUAAUUUCAUUAUUAACUGGUCUUUCAGAUUCACAAGUAAGAGCUUUUAGACAUACUGCUACACUUGCUGCUAUGAAACUCAUGACAGCAUUAGUAGAUGUUGCUUUAACUGUAUCAAUAAAUUUGGAUAAUACACAACGGCAAUAUGAAGCUGAAAGACAAAAAGCUAGAGAAAAAAGAGCUGCAGAUAGAUUAGAAUCAUUAAUGGCCAAACGAAAAGAACUUGAAGAAAAUAUGGAUGAGAUAAAAAAUAUGCUUACAUAUAUGUUUAAAUCUGUAUUUGUACAUCGUUAUAGGGAUACAUUACCAGAGAUUCGCGCAAUUUGUAUGGCAGAAAUAGGAGUAUGGAUGAAAAAAUUUCACCAAAAUUUUUUAGAUGAUUCUUAUUUAAAAUAUAUAGGUUGGACAUUACAUGACAAAGUUGGCGAAGUUCGACUAAAAUGUCUUCAAGCUUUGCAACCACUAUAUGCAUCAGAAGAAUUGAAAACUAAACUUGAACUUUUUACUAGUAAAUUUAAAGAUAGAAUUGUUGCCAUGACAUUGGAUAAAGAAUAUGAUGUAGCAGUACAAGCAGUUAAACUUGUUAUUUCAAUUUUAAAACAUCAUAGAGAAAUUCUUACUGAUAAAGAUUGUGAACAUGUAUAUGAACUUGUUUAUUCAUCACAUCGUGCAGUUGCACAGGCAGCGGGUGAAUUUUUAAAUGAACGACUAUUUCGCCCUGAUGAUGAAGCAGUAGCAGGUGUGAAAACUAAACGUGGAAAAAAACGUUUGCCAAAUACUCCUCUUAUUCGAGAUCUUGUUCUAUUUUUUAUUGAAUCUGAACUUCAUGAACAUGGAGCAUAUUUGGUAGAUUCUUUAAUUGAAACGAAUCAAAUGAUGAAAGAUUGGGAAUGUAUGACAGAUUUAUUAUUAGAAGAAGCUGGACCUGAAGAAGAAACUUUAGAUAAUCAAAAAGAAACAUCUUUGAUUGAAUUAAUGGUUUGUUGUAUAAAACAAGCUGCCACAGGCGAAGCUCCGGUUGGUCGGGGACCAACUAGAAAAAUUUUAUCAGCAAAAGAAAUGAAACAAGUUCAUGAUGAUAAACAACGGUUGACAGAACAUUUUAUACAAACACUACCUCUUUUGCUUGAUAAAUAUCGAGCAGAUCCUGAAAAACUUGCAAAUUUACUUGCUAUUCCGCAAUAUUUUGAUUUAGAUAUUUAUACAAAAUCUCGACAAGAGCAAAAUUUAGAUUCAUUAUUGAAUAAAAUUCAUACGAUCGUAGAAAAAAUGCACGAUACCGAAGUUUUAGAUACAGUCGCAAAAACAUUGGAACAUAUGUGUAUAGAAGGACAUGCUAUUUUUACCAGGUGUGACGUAGCGCGAUCAACAUUAAUUGAUUCUAUUGUAAAUAAAUAUAAAGAAGCUAUAGAUGAAUACAGAAAUUUAAUAGAAGGAGAUGAAGAACCAGAUGAAGAUGAAAUUUUCAAUGUUGUACAAUCUUUAAAAAAAGUCUCAAUAUUUUACUCUUGUCAUAAUAUGAAUCCAUGGGGAAUAUGGGAUUCUUUAUAUAAAGAUAUUGAAGAUGCCAAAGAUCCAUCCAAAUGCUUACCACAUGAAGCAGUUAAAUAUUGCAUAAGUGCAUGUUUUUUUGCAAUUUUAUGGGGACAGAAUCAUCUUAUGGAAGCUGCAGAUUCUGGAAAUCGAGGCGAAGAUGAAUGUCGACAAUUAAAAGAACGUUUACAUUCUUUUAUGGGUUCUAUGCGUUAUUUUGUCAGUGGUGACGUAAAUGGCGCGCCAUUUCCACCUAUUUUGAGAGAAGAGGCAUACAAUACAAUAUGUGAUUUAUUAGUAGUAUUUUGUAAUCAAUUAACAACACAUUCUAAUCCUUUAAUGCAUCAAUUAGUAUAUGAACCUGAUCAGGCAAUGCAAAAUAUGCUUAAUCGAUUUAUAGAAGAAUAUGUAUUUUUUGAAGAAGAAGAUGAUGAACAUGAUGAACAUUCAAAAAUCGAAGAAUUACAUAAAAGAAGAAAUUUUUUAGCUGGUUAUUGUAAGUUAAUUGUAUAUAACAUGAUACCUACAAAAGCAGCAGCUGAUGUUUUUAAACAUUAUGUGAAAUAUUACAAUGAUUAUGGUGAUAUUAUUAAAACUACAUUAGGAAAAGCAAGAGAUAUUAAUAAAACAAAUUGUGCUUUAACUAUGCAACAUAGUUUAAAUAUUUUAUAUAAUGAAAUAGUAGCAGAGAAAGGAAAAGUUAAUAGAAAUAGUGAAGAAUUUACUGCAAUUAAGGAACUUGCAAAACGAUUUGCUUUAUCAUUUGGCUUAGAUGCAGUAAAAAAUCGUGAAGCAAUUACUGCUUUACAUCGAGCAGGUGUUCUUUUUGCAAUUACACCACCAGAUGGUAUUGAACAAGAUCCUACAGGACCACCACCUAAUUUAUCCUUUCUUGAAAUUUUAUCUGAAUUUACAAAUAAACUUCUUAAACAAGAUAAAAGAGUAGUAUUAAAUUUUCUUGACAGAAGAUUACAAGCUGGAAUGCCGUCCUCACGGGGAGAGGAUUGGCAACCUUUACUUUUAUAUAGGAAUAGCUUAUUACAUGGCGAAACAGAUCAAGUUCCAGUAACAAGUAAACGUGCAUAUACAAGACGUAAAAAGGAUCAUUUAGCUGAAGAAGAAGAAGCAGAUGAGCCUGAAGAAGGUUCUGAUCAUGAAUUUUCCGGUAAAUACAAGAAGAAACGUGGUCCAAGGAAGCAUCAAUUAACUGUUAAUAAGGUGUCAAUAUCUCGUGGCUCUAGAGCAACUGGCUUUUAUGAAACAAAUGAAACUACACAAAUGCAAACUUCUCCAACAGCAAUUAUUGAAGAUGCAUCAACCAGUCCUUCUCAAGACAUAGAUAAUAAACUUAAAACAUUGCAAAUUCAAUCUAGAUCACGAAGAAGUCAAGAUAAUAUAGAACCAAGAGAAUUAAGAAGAACUUCUAGGAAUUCUGGUCGUUAUGUAGAAGGACAAUAUAUGGAGUCUGAUUCUGAAUAAAAUAUGAUAAAUAACAAUACAUUCAUUCAAGACAAAACUAUUCUAAGAGGAGAUGAUUUGUGAUAUGUUUAUAACACAAGUCAUAUUGUAUUUACAACUUGAUCCAGUUAUAGAUGAAGAAUCCUGAAUAUACUUAUAAAAAUUACUUACUUUAAUUUCUUCUUCUGUAAAUGGUAGAGGAUGAAAUUGCAUUUCUGCUGGAUAAGAUGAUUUUAAAUGAGGUUUGCAAAGAGCAUUUCUUUUUUUCAAAAUAGAUAAUCUAUCUGUAUCAAUGCCACACGAAGAAUUAUCAUCUUUUAUAUCAGCU